ACAAAAACAAUAUUUAAUCAUAUGUUGAGAAAUAUCAAUCCAGCAGGAGGCAGCCCGUGCUUCUUGCUGCAGCUCCAGCUCAGGCUUUGCCUGGUCUCUCACUGACUCCUAAAGGGAGGCCACCCCGCCUCAGUCCCCGCCCCCUCUUCCGGAAGGGAGGCGGAGUUAGAGGAGGGAGAUGGGGAGGGGGAGGGGAAUGCAGGGGGGGGAAUAGAGGGGGGGCAGGGAGACCGAUGAGAGCGGGAGGCGCAAGGGCAGGAGCCUGAGAAAAGGGGAAAAGGGCUGGGGGGGGGGGGGGUGAAGCCUGAGGAGGCUGCGGGAAAGGAGGAAAGUGGGGGGGGGGGAGGGGAUGCCGGGAUGUAGGAAACCGCGUGAUGGCCGGGGAGAGGCGCCAGGAAGCCUCAGUGGACAGAAAGGGGCUUCCUUGACUGAAGGGAAGGGGGGGAGGGGUUUGCACCGUGUCCAAAUGAACAAGUUCCUAAAAAACCCUGCAAGGCCAUCGUUGACAGAUCCUGGAAGAACUGCAAGGCCACGGCUGGCUGUUGAGGCAGACAUCUUGCUUAUCCCCCUUUCAGGCUGCUCUCUAUAAAUAUGUUCUCUCGGGUUUGCCCCGCGGGGUUCGUCCUAGUGCGCCUGCGCUAGUAACAAACCUCUCCCUGCCGCCCUUGCAUUGUCUGCGUGUUCCUUUGCGGGGUUCCACUCGGACCCUAACAGACGGGCUAGGGAGAAAGCGAGCCCGACACCGGAAAAGGCCCGGAUCUGGCUGGCCCGGCCCAGGAACUCCCUUCGGGCAUCCUUCCGGCGUCCUCCUGACUGGCUUCGGGAAGCAGCGCCAGAGCAAGUCCCCAUCGGAGCACGAGUGCCCACCUGGAGAUCGCUCUGCUACCCAGAAUGCCCCGCGCGUGCCCGCGGGCCCCCCUCCAGCCUCGCACUAGGCGGGAAUGCAGAGACCCCGAGGAAAGCGCAGCGCCGCGAGCUGUGUUAGGAGAGAGAAGAGCGGGGAACUGGGGACGCCGGAGGCCCCGGGAAGGCCAGGAGCCCGGAGCGCCCUACAAACUCCUGAUUUAAUACUUUGAGAGAGAAGGACUGGAAAAGAUGGAGGAGCUUCACCAGAUGGAUUCACUGGGGCUACUUUGCUGCCUCUACAGGGAGCCUGGAGUCCAAGGGAUGGCCUUGGAGAGGGACAGACUCCCAGACCAGGAGGUGAUGACAUUCAAGGAUGUGGCUGUGGACUUCACGCGGGAGGAGUGGUGCCUCUUGUCCCCUCCCCAGAAGGAGCUGUACAGGGAGGUGAUGCUGGAGAAUGCCUGGAACCUGCUCUUUGUGGGGCUUCCAGCUUCCCCAGAAGACAUCCUCUCUUAUUUGGAGCAGAGGGAUGCCCCGUGGAUGCUGAAGCAAGAAGGCCUGAAGAACUGCUGCCCAGAAGGAGAGAUCAGACCUGAAAUGAAGGUGAAUCCAACAGAGGUCAGCCCUUCUGUGGAAGAAAUGGAUCUACAAAGUUUCAUGAGUGAUGGUUCCAAUAACUUUGCUUUUAGAGAGUUCUGUGUUGCACCUCAAAAUUCAUCUUAUAUCAAACAUCAAAGAAUACAAAUGGAGGAAACACCUAAUGGAAGUAAUCAAUGGGGAAAGACUUUCAUGCACAGGGUCAGUAUUGAUGGACAUCAGAUAAUGCACAUUGAGAAUAGACCUUGUGAAUGCAUGGACUGUGGAAAGACAUUCAGUCGGAUCUCCCUUCUCACUAGACAUCAGAUAAUCCACACUGGGGAGAAUCCUUGUGAAGGUAAGCAGUGGGGAAAGACAUUCAGUGUGGCCCCCAGUCUUGGUGAACAUCAGGGAAUCCACACUGGGGAGAAACCUUAUGAAUGCAAACAGUGUGGAAAGACAUUCAGUCGGAGCUCCAAUCUUGCUGUACAUCAGAGAAUCCAUACUGGGGAGAAACCUUAUGAAUGCAAACAGUGUGGAAAGACAUUCACUCAGAGCUCCAGUCUUGCUGUACAUCAGAGAAUCCACACUGGGGAGAAACCUUAUGAAUGUAAGCAGUGUGGAAAGAUAUUUAGUCGGAGCUCUCAUCUUGCUGUACAUCAGAGAAGCCACACUGGGGAGAAACCUUAUAAGUGCAAACAGUGUGAAAAAACAUUCAGUGAGAGCUCCAGUCUUGCUAAACAUCAUAGAAUCCACACUGGGGAAAAACCUUAUGAAUGCAAGCAGUGUGGAAAGACAUUCAGUUGGAGCUCCCUUUUUGCUAGACAUCAGAGAAUCCACACAGGGAGGAAACCUCAUGCAUGCAAGCAGUGUGGAAAGACAUUUAGUCGGAGCUCCAGUCUUGCUGUACAUCAUAGAAUCCAUACUGGAGAGAAACCCUAUGAAUGCAAGCAGUGUGGAAAGACAUUUACUCAGGACUCCAGUCUUGCUAAACAUCAGAGAGUCCACACUGGGGAGAAACCUUAUGAAUGUAAGCAGUGUGGAAAGACAUUUAGUCGGAGCUCCAGUCUUGCUUUACAUCAGCCCAUCCACACUGGGAUGAAACCUUAUGAAUGCAAGGAGUGUGGAAAGACAUUCAGUCGGAGCUACAGUCUCACUGAACAUCAGAGAAUCCACACUGGAGAGAAACCUUAUGAAUGCAAGCAAUGUCGAAAGGCAUUCAGUCACAAUUCCAGUCUUGCUUUACAUCAGAGAAUCCACUCUGGGGAGAAACCUCAUGAAUGCACCCAGUGUGGAAAGGCAUUCAGUCGGAGCUCCAGACUUGCUGAACAUCAGAGAAUCCACUCUGGGGAGAAACCUUAUGAAUGCAGACAGUGUGGAAAGGCAUUCAGUUUGAGCUCUCAUCUUUCUGUACAUCAUAGAAUGCACACUGGGGAGAAACCUUAUGAAUGCAAACAGUGUGGAAAUACAUUCAGUUACAGCUCCAAUCUUGCUGUACAUCAGAGAAUCCACACUGGAGAGAGACCUUAUGAAUGCAAGCAGUGUGGAAAGACAUUCAGUCGGAACUCCCAUCUUGCUGUACAUCAGGAAAUCCACACUGGGAGGAAAAAUCAUGAAUGCAAGCAGUGUGGAAAGACAUUCUGUCAGUGCUCCAAUCUUGCUAGACAUCAGAGAAUCCACACUAGGGAGAAACAUUAAGAAUACAAACUAAAUGGAAAGAUGUCCACUUGCAGCUCUAUUCUUGCUAUUGUGUGAAGGAAAUUUACCCUCCCCCUUUCUGGGGCAUCAUACCUGGUGUGAGCCUGAAUUUGGCUCAAAGAGAGGAUUGCAUGUUGGAAACCAUUGAGAAUAAAAAGGUAGCAAUAGAGUUGAGAUCAUAAAGUGAUAUCAGUCAAAAAAGAAGGCCACAGUUGGCUCCCGAGAUGAUAUUUCUGAAAUAGUGGGUGGAAAAAAAGCUUGAUAAACUGAGGCAACACUGAAUAUCCAAGAGUUUCUCUUUUAGUUCUGUUGCUGGCUAGACUUCCUUGUGAGCAUGGUUCAGGUCCCUAAUGGUGGCCCAGAAUAGCAAGCUAAAUGGAACAGUGAGGAAAGUACCUCUUCUAUUUUUCCAUCUUUUUCUUCUACUUCCUGAGAUAAAAUUAAUUUAGGGCCAGUCUCAUAAUUUUCCCAACCACAGACAUUCACACUGAGCUCUCACAUUGCUCAAAAUCAGACAAUUCACUAUUUCAUGGACUCUCCUCACAUUAGGUCUAAAUGGGCAUAUGAUUUCGACCUAGUGUGAUCCCAUAGGAAAAUAAAAGGCAUGUAAAAAUUUACCUUUCAGUUCAAUCUAUUGAUAAGGGAAGAAUUUAUGACCAAGUUUAAUAUGAAGUAUGAAAUAGCUAAUUUCCAUUAUGGUAAAAUUCAGAACUGUACAAACAAAACUAAUGUGAUCAAGAUUAAAAGUGGAAACGAAGUUAUCAUUUGCUUUACAACAAUAUGCCCAAUUAAAUACUUCUCUUUUUAAAAAUCCUAACUUUUCUCAAAUACUUAAUUCAUCAUUUCAUGGCAUCUGGAUAUAAAGAGGAGUUGAUUUAGAAAACAAAUAAUGCCUUUGCUCUAUAGAAGUCAUUUGUAAUUAUUGUUACCUAUAUAAGGUUUUCCAAAAAAUUCCUAUAAAGCAAAAGUUAAAAGAAAAAAAUAUGAUAUUGUGGAUUUCAAAUAUGAAAUAAAACUUGGCAUUGCAAUGACAAAUUUUACUUAUUUGAAUGCAUUACCAAAAUAAUUACAUAGAAAAUCACCAUGCAUCUUUCAGUUUAACACUGGACUGAUUACACCCAGAGGCCAGUGUAACAUAACUGAUACAGUUAAACUUAUUUCUACAAUUUCUAAACCUAUUACUUGCAUAUUAAAUCUUACACCUUUUUUUCAUCAAGGUCUGUGCUACAUAUGUGGCAAAAAUUUAUCACACCAAUACAGAAAUCCAAGCUUAAUAGUUUUGUUGGGAGGAGGCCAGACACCCAAUAAAGCCUGUCCCCAGUCAAUUCAAAAGCAGAGACCCAGAGCCAUAAGAGAUAGUCUUUUUAUGCAAGAAAAUCUAGUGACACAAUGACAGAAAAUAGUCAUAAUUAAAAUGGAAUGAAUGCAAAGUCAUUCAUAUAGACACCUUAAUGACAGAAGUGCUGAUAAAUCUGGUAUGUGUAAGAAAGAUCACUAUGGGUGGUUGCUGGGAGCCAUCAGGCUAUGAUGCCUUGACAAAAUCACUCAUGGCAGCCAAGAGGUCACAGAGUGGCUCUUAGCAAAAUGGAAUUGCCCACUCAGCCCCCUCUAUAUGACUUCUCUCAUCUAUAUCCCUCACUAAUGGAAUUGAUCGGAUUCUUGUUCUCUCCCUAACCUUAGAAGGAAUAAUAUGAGCAAUAUAUUUGCACUCUAUCUCCCCAAAACAUCACCAAAAGAUCAGACUCUGAAAUCCAAACCCGAAAAUCUAUCAUGGGUUAACUUUUACUUAGGUACAGAAUUCCCAGCAAGCCCAGAGUUCCCCCUACUCCCUGCACCAAAACUUAAUCUAAAGCUAACAUAUAAAAUCAACCAUAAAGGCCCAUACAAAAUGUACAAGUACACUAAGCUUCACCAUGCCUUAGUGACUCAAUUUUACCAGAAAUUCCCGUUGGUAGAAACUCCCUACUAACCCUGAAUAAUGAUCAGCCUAAUAAUUAAUCUGAAUUCUGUUCUCAAUGCCUCUGAUCUGUCCAUGCCAAUGUUAUGAUUGUUGAAUUUUCUUUCAGAAUUUUUGACUUUUUUUUUUAUCAAAAGUAAUAAGUAAAUUUCCUUGAUUGUUUAUAAGCUCAAGCUCCUCACAAGUUAAUGAGAAAAUUAAGCCACCUGUGAAGAAAUCAUUUGUCUUAGGUAGAAUCUUUAUUCAUCCUAUCAGCAUCUGUAAUCACAAUACAAGAAUAUAGAAUGAUCUCAGAAUGUUAAUCACAUGAUUUGUUAAAAGUUAAUGUAUCACUUUUCCAAUUAUCUUUACUCGAAUGUGUGUUGAAAGAUGUACCUGUGUGCCAAGAAAAUGGGGAUCAAAGUAGGCAAUGAGAGAUGAAAGUAUCAGUCUUUGCAGAUUAUAUGAUGGUAUAUUUAAAGAACCUCAGAAAAUCAACUAAACGGCUAGUGGAAAUAAUUAAGAACUUUAUUAAGUUGCAAGGGACAAAAUAAACCCAUGUAAAUCAACAUAUUUAUAUAUUUCCAACAAACCUCAGCAAUAGAAGAUAGAAAGGGAAACUCCACUUAAAAUCACUCCAGUCAAUAUAAAAUAUUUAGGAAUCUAUCUGCCAAGGCAAACACAGGGAUUAUAUGAACACAACUACAAAACACUUUCCACACAAUGAAAACUAGAUCUAAACAAUUGGAAAAACUAAUUGCUCCUGGGUAGGAUUAGCUAAUAUAAUAAAAAUGACAAUUCUACCCAAAUUAAUCUACUUAUUCAGUGCCAUACCUAUUGAACUACCAAAAAACUUUUUUAUAGAAUUAGAAAAAAUAUAACUAAAGUUCAUCCGGAAGAACAAAAGACCAAGAAUAUCAAGGGAAAUAAUGAAAAAAAUGUGAAAGAUGGGGGCCUAGCACUACCAAAUCUUAAACUGUUCUAUAAAACAGUGAUCAUCAGAACAAUAUGGCACUAAGAGACAGAAGGGCAGAUCAAUGGAAUAGACUAGGGGUAAAUGACCACACUAACCUAGUGUUUGAUAAACCCAAAGACCCCCACUUUUGGGGCAAGGACUCAAUAUUUGUAAAAUACUGCAGGAAAAAUUGGAAGACAAUAUGGGGAACUUAGGCUUAGGUAGACAUCUUACAUCCUAUACUAAGAUAAAUUCAAAAUAGGUAAAUGACAUUAAUAUAAAGAGGGAAAUCAAACAAAUUAGGUGAACAUAGAUUAGUAUACCUGUCAGAUCUGUGGGAAAGGAAGGAAUUUAAGACCAAGCAAGACCAAUAGAGAACAUUGCAAAAUAUAAAUUGAGUGACUGAUUAUAUCAAAUUGAAAUGCUUUUGUACAAGCAAAACCAAUGCAACCAAAAUUAGGAGGAAAGCAACAAACUGGGAGAAUAUUUGUAUAACAAAACUCUGAAAAAGGUUUAAUUUCCCAAGUAUACAAGGAGCUAAGUCAAAUUGACAACAAAUCAAGCCCUUCAACAGACAAAGGACAUGAAUAGGCAGUUUUCACAUGAAGAAAUCAAAACUACCAAUAAGCUCAUGAAAAAGUGUUCUAAAUCCUGACUAGAGAAAUGCAAAUUAAAACCACUCUGGGCUAUCACCUCACACCCAGCAGAUUGGCCAAUAAGACAGCAAAGGAAAGUGAUAAAUGGCAAAAUUGGGAUGCUAAUACUAAUAAUGAUAGAGUUGUGAAUUGGUUCAAGCAUUCUGGAGGGUAAUUUGGAACUAUUCAUAAAAAGCUUUAAAUGACUGUCAACCCUUGGAUUCAGCCAUAGCACUCCUGGGUUUGUACUCCAAAGAGAUAAUAAGGAAAAAAGACUUGUACAAAAAUAUUUCUAGCCACGGUCUUUGUGGUGGUAAAAAAAUUGGAAAAUUAUUGUGCUAAAAGGAAUAAAGAACUGGAGGAAUCCCAUGU